GAGAUGCUUAUCGUUACACAAGUGGUUACGAUUCGGUCGAAUCUCAGAUCGGAUCAACGAACCCCUGAGACUGCAAAUAACGUGUUGAUGUUUUAUCCAAUCAGCUUACUUAUUGACCAAACCAGCCUUACAUCUGACUAGGCCAUUCGCUUCAUGGGCAUCACGUUGGAGGAACAUUUGCCCUGCCAUACUCAUCUCCUUCGUCUUUGGCUUUACGAUGUUCAAACGUGUAUUUAAACUUCGUGGGAAUGUCAAGUAACCUUACCAUGACACUGCCCCGAAACAAGUUCAUGGCCGGACGGGCGGGAUACUAAGACGGCCCUUUUUCUGUACUCCUUGCUUAAUCUUGUGAUUAGUCACUGUGACUAUCGAGGCAUAAUUUUACGUUCAUGAUGGAACGCUGUGAUCACUAAGGGCAGUUAGUUUGCCAGAAGGAACAUACCCUUCGAUUCAUUACUCCUGCGAUAUCUUAUAAGAUACAUCAUGCACGGGACUGUUCUCUAUCAUCGCAAGUCCUUUGUGACAAUUACUUUCAUUUGGCCACGCGCCGUUUUCCAAAUUUCCACUCUCUUUUGCAAACUUUCUAUACGCUCUUUUCUUUUGAUAGUGAAUCUGAAAUCAGAUUGUAUCAACCCUCCUUUCUGUCUUCCUACAUUUCUUUCAUAGCUCUUUUUUGUAUUUUGAAAUAACGUUCUCUACUACAUUACCCCGACAUGUACAUCUCAACACUUCUUACUGCCUUGCUGGCUUGCACAGUUAGCGCAUGGAUGCCAGGUGGUGAAAAAGACCUCCGUUCAGAAGACGGCGUAUCUCUCUUCAACCCAGAAGCAAAACAUCCCACGGCGCGUCGCUGGACUGCAGCAUCCGGCAAGAUUCGAGGUGUGAAUCUCGGAUCUCUUUUCGUCUUCGAGCCAUGGAUUGCCGAGAAUGCGUGGUCAGCUAUGGGUUGCGGUCCAUACCAGUCUGAAUUUGAUUGCGUGGUUGGUUUGGGACAAGCAAAAGCUAACGCUGCAUUCCAAAAUCACUGGAAAACUUGGAUCAAUGCGAAUGAUAUUGCUCAAAUGGCAAGCUUCGGUAUUAACACAAUCAGAAUCCCAGUCGGAUAUUGGAUGAUGGAAAGUUUGGUUUACGCCGAUAGUGAGCACUUUCCUCAAGGCGGCUUCCAGUACCUUGAGCGCAUUUGUAACGCAGCCGCUAAUGCAGGAUUCUUCAUCAUUAUCGAUAUGCAUGGAGCUCCUGGAGCGCAGGUUGCAAAAAACCCGGAUUCAGGACAAUAUGCCUCGACUCCUGGUUUCUAUGCUGAUUAUCAGUAUGCUCGUGGAGUAAAAUUUCUUUCUUGGCUCACAACCAAUAUUCACAAAAAUCCUGCUUUCAGAAAUGUUGGCAUGAUUGGUAUUGUGAACGAGCCAGUUCAAGAUGCUGGCCAGGCUGCGAGUAUGAUUUCGCAGUUUUAUCCCGCGGCAUACAAGGCCAUUCGAGAUGCUGAAGCAGCGGCGGGUGUCAAAGCAAAUAAUUACUUGCAUGUUCAGGCUAUGGAUCAAGGAUGGGGCUCCGGAGAUCCAAAUGCUGGACUGACUGGAGGCGUUUCUUUGGCUUAUGACGAACAUCGCUAUCUUAAAUGGUCCACCGUCGCCACCUCCCAAACCGCCUACCUCCAAUCUUCUUGCACGUAUAACCCUGUUUCCAGCACCGGUGGUCCAACAGUCGUAGGAGAGUUCUCUCUUUCUCCCCCAGACAACGUACAAGAUACAGCUGGCUGGACGACAUCUACUCAAGGUGCAUUCUAUAAAAAAUGGUUUGAGGCACAAGUUAUGGGUUAUGAAAAUCACGCUUUGGGAUGGAUCUUCUGGACUUGGAAGGCACAAUUGAACGAUUACCGUUGGAGUUAUUUGGAUGCGGUAAACGCGGGAGUGAUUCCGAAGGAUUUGAAUAGUGUGGCUGGAAGUGGUGCUUGCAAUGGCUUCUAGAAAGAAGAGUUUUGAGAUGAAGGGCACGGUGGAUUUCUUGAAAGGCGUUGGAGAAUUGAAAACCCAUUCAAGGGGUGGAGUUGGUGCAGCUUGAGGGUAUGAAUUUUGCGAUCGCAUUUCCGUUCAAAAUAGCUUCAUGGUGUUUCGUACAUUUCGAGUCGCUUGGAGUUUGAACAUUCUUGAUACCUUUUUUAGUAAAUUUUACAAUUAUUUCUAUUCAUCACA